GGGAGGCCGGGAGAGCCAGCGGCGGGGGCGGGAGCCCGGCGGGCUCCGCACUGAGCAGAGAGAGAGAGAGAGAGAGAGCGCUCGGCCAGCCGCCGUUCGGCGCGCUCUCGGAGCCGCCAGUCCGCGCGUCCCCGCAGCCUUCCGGGAGGAAGCGGCGCCGGGGCCGGGUGCAGCCUCACCUGCCGGCCCUUCCCCGCCGGGCGGCGCAGAAGGACAGAGGGUCGCGGCUCCGCGACGCACUUGAGCCGGUCGCAGCGUCUAGGACCCCGCGCGGGGCACCGGCUCCAUGGCGACCGGGCUCGGGGAGCCCGUCUACGGACUUUCGGAAGAGGAGGGAGAAUCCCGUAUUCUCAGAGUGAAAGUUGUUUCUGGAAUUGACCUCGCCAAAAAGGACAUAUUUGGAGCCAGUGACCCGUAUGUGAAGCUGUCCUUGUAUGUAGCGGAUGAGAAUAGAGAACUUGCUUUGGUUCAGACAAAGACAAUUAAAAAGACGCUGAACCCGAAGUGGAACGAGGAAUUUUAUUUUAGAGUAAAUCCAUCCAAUCACAGGCUCCUGUUUGAAGUCUUUGACGAGAACAGAUUGACAAGAGACGACUUCCUGGGUCAGGUGGACGUGCCUCUUAGUCACCUUCCGACAGAAGAUCCAACCAUGGAGAGACCUUAUACGUUUAAGGACUUUCUCCUGCGACCAAGAAGUCAUAAAUCGCGAGUCAAGGGGUUCUUGCGGUUGAAAAUGGCCUACAUGCCGAAAAACGGGGGUCAGGAUGAAGAGAACAGCGAGCAGAGAGACGACAUGGAGCACGGAUGGGAAGUUGUUGACUCAAACGACUCAGCUUCCCAGCACCAGGAGGAGCUCCCUCCGCCUCCCCUGCCACCAGGAUGGGAAGAGAAAGUGGACAAUUUAGGCCGCACUUACUAUGUCAAUCACAACAACAGGAGUACGCAGUGGCACCGGCCCAGCUUGAUGGAUGUGUCCUCUGAGUCAGACAACAACAUCAGGCAGAUCAACCAGGAGGCUGCACACCGGCGCUUCCGCUCUCGCAGGCACAUCAGUGAAGAUUUGGAGCCCGAGGCCUCGGAAGGCGGUGGAGAGGGCCCUGAGCCUUGGGAGACCAUUUCAGAGGAAAUGAACAUGGCAGGAGAUUCCCUCAGCCUGGCUCUGCCCCCACCGCCUGCCUCGCCAGGGUCUCGGACCAGCCCCCAAGAGCUGUCGGAGGAACUAAGCAGAAGGUUACAGAUCACUCCGGACUCCAAUGGGGAACAGUUCAGUUCUCUGAUCCAGAGAGAGCCCUCAUCAAGGCUUCGGUCCUGCAGCGUUACAGACACGGUUGCUGAGCAGGCUCACCUACCCCCGCCAUCAGUGGCCUAUGUACAUACCACGCCGGGCCUCCCUUCAGGCUGGGAAGAAAGAAAGGAUGCUAAGGGACGUACAUACUAUGUCAAUCAUAACAAUCGAACCACAACGUGGACUCGACCAAUAAUGCAGCUUGCAGAAGAUGGUGCCUCCGGAUCAGCCACAAACAGUAACAACCACCUAGUCGAGCCUCAGAUCCGCCGGCCCCGUAGCCUCAGCUCGCCGACAGUAACUUUAUCUGCCCCGCUGGAGGGUGCCAAGGACUCACCCAUACGCCGCGCUGUGAAAGAUACCCUUUCCAACCCACAAUCCCCUCAGCCGUCACCUUACAACUCCCCCAAACCACAACACAAAGUCACACAGAGCUUCCUGCCGCCAGGCUGGGAGAUGAGGAUAGCUCCAAACGGCCGGCCCUUCUUCAUUGACCAUAACACAAAGACUACAACAUGGGAAGAUCCACGGCUGAAAUUUCCAGUACAUAUGCGGUCAAAAGCAUCCUUAAACCCCAAUGACCUGGGCCCUCUUCCUCCUGGUUGGGAGGAAAGGAUCCACCUGGAUGGCCGAACAUUUUACAUUGACCAUAAUAGCAAAAUUACUCAGUGGGAAGAUCCAAGACUACAGAACCCAGCCAUCACUGGUCCGGCUGUUCCUUACUCCAGAGAAUUUAAGCAGAAAUAUGACUACUUUAGGAAGAAAUUAAAGAAACCUGCUGAUAUUCCAAACAGGUUUGAAAUGAAACUUCACAGAAACAACAUAUUUGAAGAGUCCUAUCGGAGGAUCAUGUCUGUGAAAAGACCCGAUGUCCUAAAGGCUAGACUGUGGAUUGAGUUUGAAUCAGAGAAAGGCCUGGACUAUGGGGGUGUGGCCAGGGAGUGGUUCUUCUUACUGUCCAAAGAAAUGUUCAACCCCUACUAUGGCCUCUUUGAGUACUCUGCCACGGACAACUACACGCUUCAGAUCAAUCCCAACUCAGGCCUCUGUAAUGAAGACCAUUUGUCCUAUUUCACUUUCAUUGGAAGAGUGGCUGGCUUGGCAGUGUUUCAUGGGAAACUCUUAGACGGAUUCUUCAUCCGACCGUUCUACAAGAUGAUGUUGGGGAAGCAGAUAACUCUGAACGACAUGGAGUCUGUGGACAGCGAGUACUACAACUCUUUGAAAUGGAUCUUAGAAAACGACCCCACGGAACUUGACCUCAUGUUCUGCAUAGAUGAAGAGAACUUUGGGCAGACCUAUCAAGUGGAUCUGAAGCCCAAUGGGUCAGAAAUAAUGGUAACGAAUGAAAACAAAAGAGAAUAUAUUGACUUAGUCAUCCAGUGGAGAUUUGUGAACAGGGUCCAGAAGCAAAUGAAUGCCUUCUUGGAGGGAUUUACAGAACUUCUUCCAAUCGAUUUGAUUAAAAUUUUCGAUGAAAAUGAGCUGGAGUUGCUGAUGUGUGGCCUUGGUGAUGUCGACGUGAAUGACUGGAGACAGCAUUCUAUUUACAAGAAUGGCUACUGCCCCAAUCAUCCCGUCAUCCAGUGGUUCUGGAAGGCUGUACUCCUGAUGGAUGCUGAAAAGCGGAUCCGGCUACUACAGUUUGUCACAGGCACCUCCCGAGUACCCAUGAAUGGAUUUGCCGAACUUUAUGGUUCCAAUGGUCCUCAGCUGUUUACAAUAGAGCAAUGGGGUAGUCCUGAAAAACUGCCCAGAGCUCACACAUGCUUUAAUCGCCUUGAUUUACCUCCAUACGAAACCUUUGAAGAUUUGCGGGAGAAACUUCUCAUGGCUGUGGAGAACGCUCAAGGCUUUGAAGGGGUGGAUUAAGGCCUCCGGCGCCGGGGACGCUGCCCUUCCAGCAAGUUCUGCGUGCACUUUUUGCAUUUGCCUGGCAGACUUUUGCAGAGCCGGUGGCAGAAGCAGUUGCCUGGCCUGGCUCUGGAGCCCAGCUUGUCCAGGCCCGUGCCCAAGUUCCGCCAGGGCACGCAGCCCCAGCUCAAGUACCACCCCCUGUCACCACCGAUUCUCAACUGGUUGACGUGUACACUGAUCACAUUUCAGUGUUCUAUUUAUGUUGUGCCUCUGCAGGCAAAGCCCUUAAUAAAUAUUUUGCAGACUUUCUAAUGACAAUGAAUGGAAUUAAUCACGCUACAGGUAUAGUAUUACAACUCAUGUUUACUUUUUAAAAUGAUUUAGACCGAUUUUCAGAUUUUAUUUCAUUACAAUUAAAGAUGUCUCAUGUACUUGGAAAAGUGAGCAUAUUUUUUUUUUGUAUUUGAAUUUCAUAUCAAGCUUAAUGUCAGUGACAUUUUUAUUUUUGAAGUACUUGGACACUCUCACUCUCUACUUUAUUAGCAUUGGAAAACUCAUUUUCUCCAGAAGCCUUCUACACAGACCAAUGCUUGGAAAGAAUUUCAAAUAGAACCUUAAGCAUAACAAUUUUUUUUCCACGCUCAGAAUGAAAAUAAACUGGAUAUUACCCUUUUUUUGUACAAAUUUAGAUACCAGGUACAGACUGGAAGAAUUGUAACAUAGCAUGAUAUCUUUGCGUUAACUUGAAAGGGAUGACACCACUGUCUCUUAGAAGUGUCGCCGUGUGCCAUCACACAUUGAAGACAGGGUUGGACUGUCCUUUCGCAUCGGAAGCCCUUCACCUUUCCUGUGGCCGCACAGCCUCUUCUGACGCUGUUUUUCGCUUUGGUGUUUGUGGAGACAUUGCCAAUGGCAUUGCUUGAUUCAAAACUGAGGAAGCCAGAGUCAGUGGUGUUCUGUCUCCUUGGGCUAAACAGUAGCUAAUAACCCAUUCUUGCUGUAACUCUGGCAAUUCCAAAGGCACUUUAUGCAGGUUUUAUCUGGUUGUUGGUUUUUUGUUUUUUUUUGUUUUUUCCUCAUAAACCAUGUGAUUGUUUCUUUCUUCCUGCACACAUCCGUCUGGUGCGGUAUCUUAUCAAUUGUGUGAGUUAGGCUCCUCGUGAACACAGUUGUAAUGCUGAGUGAGCCUCCACACCGGUCUUCUCCAGCCAUUUUGUGAUUUCUACUCGACCACAAGGAUUUACUUACUCUGCACUUAGCCAAGUUGUGUGGCAUAAUGACCUAUUUUGCAUGCUUCGAUACUGUGUACUGCCCCCCCACACCAAGUCAUGUCUAUUGUGUGCUAGUUUAAAAGUGAGUUAGAAGACCCAGUGGGAUCCACUGAGCUCGAGCUGCCUGGUUGGCAAGGGUGAAAGAAUGUGGGUGUCUGCAGUUUGUAAGUCUCCGUUGCAGAAUUCUGUUGUGUUCUGAGAAGAUGCCUGAGGCAGUGUGGGAGUUGAGCACCCCUGCUGUCCCUGUGACUUGUGUUGUCCUAGACACCCACCCCACCCCCCGGAAGUUAGGGGACACAGGGUGUUUUGAUCUCUUGCCAGUUGUGAAAUGACAAAAAGAGUGUGGUCUCUGCUACAUAAGGAAGGGCCUUCAGUAUAAGAAAUUGCUCGUGUUUACGCAGCUGUGGGUGCCACGAAGGAGCCAUGGGCAUCCUUGGUUGGUGAAGCCCCAGAGGGUCGAAUCCCACCAGGCUGAGCUUUGGCUUCUUUCCAUAUGCUAUCGAGUAAUUACAAAAACAGUUAACACUCUAUUCUAUCCUUGCCUUCUGGUGAGAUUGUUUUUUCUCCUGUAGUUAACAGAUAUUGGGGGUGGGGAGGGGUGUCUUUUUUUAAUAACCUGCCAUGUCCAGAACUAUCUCUCUGUUACAAAGUGUGCCAAAGCCUGAGCUGAGCAGUGUUUUUUGAUUGAAGAAGAAACCAAAAUCUGUUCUAAUAACUGGGGUUCUGUAAUUCUGUAGGCUCUAGAUGGAACCACGUUAUUCACUAAGUACAAAGUAGUCAAGUCCUUUAAAAAUGCAAAAAGGGCCAGCAAGAUGGCUCAGUGAGUCGGGGUGCUUGUCACCAAGCCUGACAACCUGAGUUCAAUCCCUGGGACCCACCUGAUGGAAGGAGAGAACUGAUGUCUGCAAGUUGUCCUUUGACCUGACCCAGACAUGAUUUUUUUCAUUAAAAAUAUGAAAAAAAAAAAAAAAGACUUAAUUCCGAUCCUUGCUAAGCCAAGAGCAGGAAAGGCCUGUUGAAAUACACUCCUGAGAGUCCUUGAAAGGCCAGUCAAUGUAGCACCAGUUUACUGGUCCGUAAUUCAGAUUUCAGCGGUUGUUACUGAACUGGAGCAUCGGCCUGUUAGAAAGUAAAAAUACGGUUCCCUGUUGAUUCGGUUUGUGAAGUAUUACUUGUUACCUGAAAUGCCUGAUGUCUUGUCCCCAGAUCUUGAUGCCCAGGCCUGGUCAUCUUUGUACGAUAAUUGUACAUGGCAAUGGAAAGUAUGCCGUCCCUGGGGGACAAGAGGCGGGUCAUUCUUCGGGCCCCACUGCUGCAGACAGUAGUUGUGGAUCAUUCACCUUGAGGCUGCAGAGGGGCUUCCAGGAUUCCGCUUCCCUGUGGAAGGACUUUGAGCAUCAGGUGGCUGUCUUGUGUUUCUCUCCCUGCUCCUUUUAGUCCAUGGUAAGCCUGGAUUGGCCUGCUGACUCCAGAACAGGUGGUAGGCGUUGGUCUAUCCUCGGUGUCUUCAGUGUGCUAUCCUCGUCUGUCUGUAACACCAGUCUCUACUUUUCUGUGGCCGGUCCUCUGGCAGAUCACAAGAACCAGAGAUGCGUACUUUAUUCUUGUUUCCAGGGCCGAUGGAGCUUAGUGGCAGAGUGUUUGCCUAGCAUGUACUUAGCCGUAGAUUUGAUCCCCAUUGCUGGGGGCGGGGAGGGGUGUGGAUAAGAUAAAAAAUUCUGUUUCUGAGGACCUUAAGCAGGAGACCGCAGAGAAUCCUGACAUUCAGGGCAAAAAUGAUACAAAGCGACUUGACCUUGACACACAUCUUUUCCCCCAUAAAGGCUCAGCGGCAGACUCAUGGAAGUGGGUUGCAAAAAAAAUGUAACCACUUGUAUGUACAUCUCACAUGAUCUGUUGCUCUUGGUCUCACCAGAUUCCAGUUUGUUCUGAGAGCCAGGCUCAAAUACAGCAGCUUCUAAUGUGUUCUCUAUUUUCCUGAGAGUCUCGCAUCUCACCUCUGAAAUUUGGAAGUCUACAAAGAAAGCCUGGGUCCAUCUGCUGCCCGGCUCAUCCCCCCAGGAUUAGCUGUUUUUCUGUCUGCAACUCUCUACUCAUCUCAGUAACAGAAGGGAGAUGCUAUCUGUUGUCGUUCACUUCCUGGCCAGUAGGGGUGCUACUGUGCAGGGUCACUGCCUGCCUUUCUCCCUGUCUGGCUCCCAGAAGACCACAUGCUACCUCUGUUUCCUUCAUGCAUUGGGGUAUAUCCUAAGUCAUGUCAAAACUGCCAAUUUCAAGACUAGGAUAUGUUUAAAAAAAAAAAAAACUCCACUUUGUACCUUAGAUUUUAAAACUGGGUAGAAAUGUGAUAUACAUUGGACCACUUUUUUAAUUUCUAUAAGCCUUAAUGAACAGUGUAUAUACGUCUGUGUAUGCACUCCAUCCCAGAGUGUUUUCAGUGUGUCAGAGAAAAAGCUGUAGCGUUAGGACAUGAGCCUGUCUAGGGUUCUCUAGGAAAAGGGGUAGCUUUCUGUUUGGUAGGAAAUUUUCCAAGAAAACUUCUCAUUCAGCAUCUAUCUUUUAUUUGAAAUGUUAACGCUCCAAGUACGUGUUUGAAGCAACAUGUCUCUUUACUGGCUUUGUAUUUGUAAGGAGCGGCAGUAGAAAUCUAAGGGCAUCUGUUGGAGCGUGACCUCUGAUGUACUGCAUUCCCUCCACGGUGUCUCGGUGUAUUGACAGCCUUUGCUGUGACCAUGGCCUGUGUUGACAGAUGUCUGUUCUUGUGUAAGCCAGUCUACACCUCAUACUCAGACUGAUUUUUGCGUACCUUGUCACAGUGUUCUUCAUGUUGACUCGGUGACCCUGUUCUUCCUCUGGCUACCCCAGAUGUAACAUAUAUACAUAUAUAUGUAUGUAUGCUGUCCAAAUAUAUUUGUAUAUAUUUGUAUAGCAUUUUUACACCUUAGGAGUAAUCUGGAUUCAAAAGGGAAUGAGAACUUAGUCCCGUCUACAGUUUUCUCCAAGUCACGUCCUGAGAAUUCUGACUCUCAGCGCCUGAGAACCCUAGAAAGGUAUUGGCUUGCUAUCAUUUCUUAAUUCAGGAUCUGUUAUCAAAUGAAAACGUUUUUUUAAAGUGACUUUGAAGGUAAAAAGAGUUUCAAGCAUUCCAAAUGAGUUCUCAGUGUUUCUUAACUUUUUAUUCUAAUCCUACCCCUAACAAAGCUGAGUGCUAUUUGAUACAAUGGUCAAAACCAAACUACCUUGAUGUUUUUUCUAAGACCGCUUAAUGGCUGAUACUCGCUUUCCCAGUCUGGGAAGCUCGAACCUAGCUUGAAUCUGGUACACACGCCAAGUUCCACAGUCAAGUCCUUUUCUUUCUUCUUGAGAGAUAUAAAGAGAUACUGUAGCUUGUUUUCCUGACAGCAAAUGGGAAAAAAGAAAAUGUGACAAAGUGAAGUUGUUGUAAAGCGGGGAUGCAACUUGUCAAAUAUUUAAUAAAGAAUUAUGAAAGCUGGAACAUUUCCUACAUAA